UUUUUUUUAUUUUUUUAAGUAUUCUUAGUGCUGUGACAGUAUUAAUAUCUUACCUGAUAGGAUGUCUAGGUGUUACUUUUAUUUUAUGGUUAAGGGAGAGGAAAUUACCAGAUAUUUUCUUUCUACCAAAAAAAUCUAAGCAACUAGUCAAUGUAUUUAAUAUUCCACAGCAAUGUACAGUAUGUGGAAAUAUGAAAUGCAAACGUCACAGAUCUGAUCUGAAUGUAUAUGUACUUAAACCAUGGACAGAUCUAAUGAUUCCUGAAAGUAUAAAUGAAGCAUUAGAAGAGAUUCUUUCAUUAACUUUAAAAGAACAUAUCUAUUCAUGGUACAAAUCAAUUAGUUCUGAUGAAUAUUUUGUUCAGGAAUUAAGGGUAUCUUUAAGAUUUCUUAUAUCUUCAUUGUUAAUAAGAAUUUUACAGGUUGACAAUGUAGAUCUAAUAACUGAAAAAAUAGCAAAUGCUGUAUUGAAACAUGUAGAUUGUUAUUUAUAUGUGAAAGACCAAAGUAAACCCCAUGAACUUCUACUACAAGAGAAAGUAUUAAAUUAUUACGGGUCCAAUUUGCACAUUGCACUUCAAAACAGAAAAACCGAGGUGCAUUAUUUAAGGAAUCUGAUUGAAUUGCUACUGCCAUAUUGUUUGCCAAAGAAGUUCCUUUUUUGUAGAAGUUCAUUAUCCCUAGUAAGAGAAAUAUUUUGUACAUUGGUUUUAUUACCUGUGAUGGAUAUCAUUGCUGAUCCAGAUAUAAUCAAUCAUUUGCUUCUAAUAUUCUUUGAUAAAACUCCUAUGAAGGAAUAUCCUGAUUCGUCAGAUAAACCUGUAGAGAUACUCAGUAAUUUUGCUAUUAUCAAAGCACCUCAUAAAAAACCAAUUUUACAAACAGAUCUUCAGACAAUCUUGUCAACUCAGAAUUUACUUUUUUCCUUUAUGCAAUUUUUAAAAGAGGAAGCAUCUGUAAAUGUUCUUCAGUUUUGUUUAAGUGUUGAUGAUUUUAAUGCUCGUAUUUUAAAUCCUGAUUUAAGUCUCGAAGAAAUGAAAGAACUUCAAAAAGAAGCUCAAAAUAUGUAUAAUACGUAUUUUGCACCAAAUGCUGUGGAUAAAAUUAAAUUUUCAGAUGAUAUUGUUGAACAAAUAAGAAAUGUUAUUUAUGGUCCAGUGGAAGAUAUUGUAAAAUUACGUACCACAUCGCCUUUAUUCAGAGCUUAUGAUCAUGCAUAUAACCUUUUGGAAAAUACAUUUUGUCCAUUGUUUCAUCAGAGUGAUAGGUAUUAUAAUUUAUUAUGUGGUGAAAGAUGGAGUAGCACUGUAACCAAAAAUCUAAAUAGUUUUUAUGGAACACAUCCAAAUAGAAGCACUAAGAAAGGAAAUGAACCAUCAACAAUAGCCAAACUAAGUCACAAAAUAAAAGGAGUUUUUGUACCCAAUAUUGAUGAUGGUAGGUUUUUUGAAGAGGAAGCUGGAACAGAUUUAGCUAUGGCUAUGCUUUCAGAAGCUUCGUUAUCAACAGAACUUACUGAAGAAGGUUUCAAAUUUUCUGAUGAUCCUAGAUUGAAAACUUUAAGUGCUUGGAGAGUUUCUAUACCUCGUGUCGAAACUUUGAUGGAUCAUAAUUGUAAAUAUUAUGAUGCAUUUUAUGUUGAGGUGCAACGAAUAGAUGUUAGAGAAGAAGAUGAUCCAGAUGAUUUUCAUUGGACAGUUAAAAGACAAUAUCAUGAAUUUUACGUAUUAGAAGCAAAGCUUAGAGAGUUCCAUGGAGAGUUGCCUGACAUUCAGCUACCUCCUAAACGAUCAUUAGGAAGUAAAGGAAAACAAUUUCUUGAAUCAAGAAGACCAGCAUUUGAAAAAUUUUUACAAGAUUUAUUAUCACUUCCUACAUUACAAGGUAGUGAAUUGCUAUACAGAUUUUUAAAGUCACGAAUAGAAUUUAAACCUGGCUUUCUUCCAGAAAUUAAUCUAGGUAAAAUGAUUAAAACUGUCCCAAUGAAAUUGAUUAAAGAGAAAGGUCAACAUUUAGAACCUUUCCUUCAGACUUUUGUUGUAUCAACAGAAGCAGCAAAACCAAAACCCAGUAAGCAUGAUUGGAAAGAAAUAUGUGAUGUACCUGAAUCUUCUCUUUUAGAAAAGUUAAGAAAUCCGCUGUAUGAAAAGAAUUCAAUACAUGCAAAUAUUAAUUUUCAAAGACUAUCAAAUACAAUCAUUCUUGAAGGAAUUUAUGACUAUGUGUUGUUUGUUGCUGUCAAAAUUUACAAUGUACCUAAGUGGGUUGUACAAAUAUUAACUACUUUUGAUAUUAUAAUUAGACAUACAUUUCAAGGCUUUGUAAAAUGGUAUUUAGAAAAAAAAUUAAGACAAGCACUGAAACCGCAACGAAUUGUAGAAUUAAUACAUUUAUUGAGAGAUGCUCUAUUUUUUAAUCAAGAUACUCCAAGAACAGAAACACAGAAAAAGGAGAGACUAUCUUUAGUAUUUCAAGAAGCCAAUGAGUUUUUUCCUGAGUGGCUUGUACGAAUAUUAGGUCCUAGUCAAUACAAAGAAGGAAAUAAAACAAUAAUUUCGUUAGUACAACAUCCUCUUCUAAAUAAACAGUUGACUUACAUUCUACUCGACAUAAUAGUCCUGGAACUCUUUCCGGAACUAAAACAGACAACAGAAAGCUAGCCGUAAAAAUAUUUAAUAGAAAUUCAUCUUCGCACAAGAAAAUGACCAAAUAUGUAUAUUAUUACCUAUAUGAAUGUGCCUGUAUUGGGAAGUUUUGAUGUAUAUAAAAUAUAAAUAUCAUAUUGAUAAAAUUUAUUAUUACCCCUUCCCUGCGAUAAAAUAAAUUGUUUUUAUCUCCCAUUCUUGUAUAUGUAACGUAUUAGCUAACAUUCCAGAAAUGUGCCAUAAAAGUAAAAGUCAUCUUUUGAUUAAGAUUGUUUAUAUAAAGAAGAAAAUGAAUUGUAAUUAUGUAUAGUGUGUGCAUUAAUUUUAUAAAAAAAAAAAAAAAAUAUUCACCAUGUCUGUUCACCUGAUAGUCAUUGCAAAUUCCUUUAUCAUCUCAGAACAUGGUGGAUAAUGUAAAAUAGAAAAACGGGUGUAAAAAUAUGUUUUCAGAGAAAAAAAUAAAUGAUGAUAUAUUA